AGGCGCAAAAACGGCACGCCACGAAAACAGUGCUGCGUAAGAAAAACGCCCUCUCUUUUCACUGCAGAGAUCACAUGCAGAAAAAAAUCAUACCAUGAUAGACGGCUGUCAAAAGGAAAAAAAUAGUUCAGUGACUGAGCGAGACAAGAAAGUAGACACGAAAGAAAAAUAGGGUUCUCUGGCACACAUCAAGUACCACACUCGAGUAAACCACAAGAAAACUUCUGGGGGAAUAAAGCAUAGAAAGUAAGCCAGGGACCGGUGUUUAUUAUUGGAAGUUUUACUUACCCUGAAAUUGACUGAAACCCACCGCAGAUAAAGAAUCGCGAACAUUAGAGGUAAUACCGCGGAUGUGAAACCACCAUCAAGCCUGUGGUGAUAUCCGUUAGAGUGCAAAGAGAGGUUGAUCCUUCCAACCGCAACUUAAUAGGAUGGAUUUCGCAGAGCGAACUUCAGUAGUCCUUGUAUUGUCGAGUGGCACUAUAAAUUCGGCAAAAGUUGUCGAGUUAGUAACCAAAGUGACCGUCAUGUUCGGUAUGACGACCCAAAUGACUAGUGAAACGAUGUCGGAAAAUGUGACAUCCAUGAUAACUCUGUUGUCAUCACCUUUCAUGACACCCGAAGCAGUUCAUGCGACCGGCGUAAGCGUCGCUUCGGAUAUGACGAGUUCAACCGUGAUGGAAACCACGACGCAAGGUGACGGCCGAAACUUUCGCUUUGAAGACCCUGUCCAGAGGAUCAUCGUCGGUUGCAUCUACAGCCUCGUGGCGGUGGUCGGCUUCUCGGGGAACUUCAUGGUGAUUCUGGCGGUCAUUUUGUCCAGGAAGCUCCAGACACGCACCAACGUUUUCGUCGUCAACUUGGCCGUAGCUGACCUGUUGACGUGCGGCUCCAUUCCGUUCACCGCCGUGGCUCUGUUCAGCUUGAGCGGUUGGCCCAAGGCCUUGCCACCUCUCCUGUGUUCCUUCAUGGGUGGUCUUUACUUUCUCAGUAUCGCAGCCAGUAUCAUGAACCUCGUCGCUAUCGCCAUCAACCGGUAUGUUCUCAUUACCAAGCCACUGAAAACGUAUCGCACCGUCUACACGCCCAAAAAGAUUAUAAUCAUGCUGUUCUUCACCUGGGCAUACCCAUGUCUCGGUUGCUCCUUGACCUUCUUCGGGAUCGGAAUGUUUGGAUACUCAGAGAAAUACAAAACCUGUAACCAAGACAACUCGUUGGAGACCAGUGAUCUCUUAAGCCUGAUCGCCUCUGUUCUCGCGUAUCCCAUCCAACUGAUCAUCCUAGUGGUGUGCUACGUCAAGAUUUACCGCCACAUUACCGGCCACUUGAAGAAGAUGGGCAAGAAUGUGGAGAUGAGUGAACGGUCAGGGUCCAGUCCUACGAGUAGUACUACUCAGCUACAGAAGAACACAUCACCUAGCUUCAGUAAGCGGCAAGUUGAGAUCACCAAGAACCUUUUCUACGUGGUCUGUGCCUUCAUCGCCUGCCUGGCUCCCUUUGCUAUCGCCCUCAUGAUACCACCCAGCGAUCCCGCAAUCCCGUGGACCGGCACGCUCGUGAUCUUCAACAGCGCUGUCAACCCGAUCAUCUACGGGGCCAAGCACCCACACUUCAAGGAGGUGUUCCGUCACAUGUUGCGGUGCCGGUAUCACAUGAUUCCAGAGCCCUCUGGCUGUCUGCGUAAGAUCAGAUCCAGAUAAUCUACAGGAUAGUAAGAUUCUUAUACAUCUAUCGCGGAAGAACAAUGCAUUUUCAAAAAAAGUGAAAAAUAUCAAUCCCAAAAUAAUUCAAAAUUUGAUGCAUCCCAAAAUUGUACAGAGAAGUACAAUUUCAGUUGCUCCAGCAGUUAUAUUGGGAAAAGAGUUUUUAAGAAUGAAUUGAUGUCUAUGUAAAAGGAUAGAUACUUUGCAUAUCAUUGUUUGUCAACAGACUGUAUCUUCAACCAUACAGGCCGUAUCAGGACAGCGGUGCGAACGGACGUCGCUGAUGUUUGUUUUGUGCGGUCAACAAAAUACAUUUUGACAUUACGUCAAGUUUUGUGGGUGUUUUUCAAAUAUCUCCAAUAUAAAAAACUAAGCUCCGCCCCCUCCCAUCUCUGCGCAUGUCAAACGCUUUGACAGCGGGGACAAAGGACAGCAUGGUCCAUCUUUGCUGUUUAUGUGUUUUGUUCGAACUUUUGAUUAUUUCGAGUCGUGCUGUGUCCUACCGUGUUGGUUUGUUUCAGAUCAGCUUGGUCCUAAUUCAAGACGUACCUUAGCAGUUGGGUAAUAGUCACUGCACCUGUCUUUUUAUGUAUAGACAUUAAUGUUUGAAUUGUUAGCCUUUCAUUGUAUAUAGCGAGAUCAGGGCAGUGAUUCGUGCACGAAAGUAGGCAGCAGACAUUCUUAUUGUUCAGACAUCUUGAAAUGCAAUAGUUUUCUGAAAUGCAUUAAUAUUUGUUCAAAUUAACGCAAACUUUUGUAAAACAAAAACCAACGAAAUUAUACAUAAUAGAUACGUCGUAUAUCAAUAAUAGUAACCGUAAAUAAUAUCAAUAUAUUUUUUAAAAUUCAUAAUUUUGCCAUCCUGUUACAUUGUAUUACAUUAUGUAAAUAUUUUAUUUAGCAAUGAAAAUAAUUUGAAAGAAAAUUGGACGAAAAUCUGGUACGACUAUAGCCAUCUGUGUGAAAUCUACAUUGUGGACAUAUUUUUCUAUUGCACUGUAUUUUGUCAUGGAGACCUUGCUAACUUACUUCUAGCGAGCAUGUGGCGAAAAUGCUUCGGAAAUGGAAAACUAAACCACAAUGAACUAUGCUACCGAGUCGUCUCAUUACAGUUUAAAGAUUAUUGAAUAUUGUUGUCGAGUUCAAGUACGAUGCGAUUUACGUUGACAAUUAUCCUGCAGUAAAUGCUUUGGGCCCCUUUGAUGUUCAUGAAUGGAAAUAAUUGAAAAGAUUCAUAUCUUUUCUCGCAUCUUAUUUGAUGGAAAAACUAAUUCAAACUGUUUGAAUAAUGUAUUGCUCUAGUGGGAAGUGUACUUUGGAAAGUGACACUCUCAGUUACUGUUCUUGUAAGAAUUUUUUUGCUGGUGGAAUCUGUAAAAGCCUUGGUUGGUAAGUUUAAAGAACUGUAGAGAUAGCGUGACAGAAUUUUGGCGGUAGUUUGUCGUUUUGCUAAGGGUCUGUAAUUUCGUUUGAUAUGAGAUGGUAUGCGUGGAUUAAAUUUCUGGUAUUUUUUGCCAGGAAAAAUUUGAAUGACAAGCAAAAGUGUAGUAAAGAAUGCGUAUUAACGGCGUCUUUUAAUCGACACUCGAUGGACUGUUUCGAUCAAUCGUAUAGUAAAAUGUUUCAUUUGCCUUGGCUUCGCUCCAUUAAUAGAAAAAAUCGCGAUGUAUUUCGUGUAUUAAAGAAGGAUUUCGAGUAGGCCUACAUCAAAUUUGUUACCAAUCACCAGACCAGCCCCAGAGGAACUUGAAAGUCCAAUCACAAAUAUUGUCGAAAUGGCAACAGUAAAGUGAUACAGCCUCAUACAACAUCUUAGUUUUUAUUUUGGUUUCGAUUUUUUAUUUUGGUUUUGAAUUUCACUCUUGCUGGACUCGAAACCAAAAUGAAAGAAGAUUUUCUGACCCUCUGCACUCAAGUUGACCUCGCGCGUGCAGAGUAAAAGCAAUUUUCCCUCCCCGUAUUAUA